CCGUUCCAUACCAUAAACCACUUUUUUUCUCAAUUUGACGCUGUCGAAAGUCAAGUGACGUUUCUUUCUUGUUAAAAUUUGUGUUCAACAUGGCACGCGGGCCCAAAAAGCAUUUGAAGCGUUUAAACGCACCUAAAGCAUGGAUGUUGGACAAGCUGGGAGGCGUGUACGCGCCCAGACCCUCGACUGGACCACACAAGUUGCGUGAGUGCUUGCCGCUAGUGAUCUUCCUGCGUAACCGGCUCAAGUAUGCGCUCACGGGCAAUGAGGUUCUCAAAAUCGUGAAGCAGCGUCUUAUCAAAGUGGACGGGAAAGUGAGGACUGACCCCACGUACCCUGCUGGCUUUAUGGAUGUUGUGUCUAUUGAGAAGACCAAUGAGUUGUUCCGUCUCAUCUAUGAUGUGAAGGGUCGUUUUACAGUUCACCGUAUUACUCCUGAAGAGGCCAAGUACAAGCUAUGCAAAGUGAAGCGUGUGGCGACCGGCCCCAAGAAUGUGCCAUUCCUUGUGACACAUGAUGGCCGCACUAUCCGGUACCCUGACCCUCUCAUCAAGGUCAAUGACUCAGUCCAGCUGGACAUUGCCUCCUCCAAGAUCAUGGACUUCAUCAAGUUUGAGUCAGGUAACUUGUGCAUGAUCACCGGCGGAAGGAACUUGGGGCGUGUCGGCACAAUCGUGUCGCGCGAAAGACAUCCUGGAUCUUUUGAUAUCGUACACAUCAAGGACUCGACGGGACACACUUUCGCUACUAGGUUAAACAACGUGUUCAUCAUCGGCAAGGGCACGAAGGCAUACAUCUCUCUCCCGCGCGGCAAGGGAGUGCGCCUCACCAUCGCGGAGGAGCGCGACAAGCGUAUCGCCGCCAAGGUGGCCGGCCAGUAGGCCACGUAAUAAAUAACUUACACCUA